CACACUGGCGCGAAAAACGCUCUGUGUGGCUUCUAUUUACCAGACUGUAAGUGGAGUCAAUUGCACCACUUUUUCCACACUCCACUGCUGAAAUAAAUACCGAACUUUUAAACUUUGUUUUCAUACAUUUCGUUGGGAGUGACCUCUUUUACGGUUUUACUUAUUUUUUUUGAUGAGGAGUUCAAACUACUAGCUAGCAUACCAGCUGAUACGGAGUAGACACCCAUGCCGGAAUUUGCGGAUUGUGAGCCUAGAUAAACCGGUCGGGUAAAGAUUUUCUCAACGAUCAGUCGUGUGAUUAUCCAUGCUUGGAAUAAACUCAAGAGCAUCGCGUUGUGACAGCUGGGAGAUGGAGUACGACUGCUAUCAGCACUAUUUCUUAGAUGACAUUGACAAAGAGGAGGAUUUCUACAAGUCAACCGCACCAAGUGAGGACAUAUGGAAAAAGUUUGAGCUAUUGCCCACCCCUCCCAUGUCUCCUACCAGGACACUCAGCGGUGGUACCUUGUACUUUACCCCUGGAGACAAGCUCGGCUGGCUGUCCAAGGUCUUGGGUCAGGACGAUGAGUACGAGGGACCUGGCACCGAGGAGCUUUUUGGGAACAUGAGUUCCAUUAUUAUCCAGGACUGCAUGUGGAGUAGUUUCUCGGCCAGUCAGCACUUGGAGAAAGUCAAUGAGCGCCUGUCAGCUGCAGCCCAAUCUCGUCUCUCCCCACCAGCACCCCAGAACGUUGUGACUGUGAGUGCCAGCAAAGCUCAGUGCACCCCGCUGACCCCACCUGAAUCUCCACUGCCCAGCACCGUGGCAACAGAAUGUGUUGACCCGGCAACUGUGCUCACCUUCCCAACCAUCAGCUGUAGGAAACCGGCAUCAUCGGGCUCUGAGUCUCGCUCUGAUUCCUCUGACGAUGAUGAUGUGAUUGAUGUGGUGACUGUGGAGAGCCGAGCCCGACUGGUUGGCAGCCGUAAGCCUGUGACCAUCACUGUCCGAGCUGACCCAUGCCCAAAGCGUUUCCACAUGUCUGUGCACCGGCAGCAGCACAACUACGCAGCCCCUUCCCCUGACAGCGACCCUGAGGAUGAUGAGGAACCACAGAGUAAACGGUCCUGUCCAGACUCCAGCCACCACCAGCAGCCAGACUCCCCAGCCUCCAUCUCCCCCACAGCGUCCUCUGCAGACAGCCCCCAGAGCUCCGACGCUGAGGACACUGACCGCCGGAAGAACCACAACUUCCUAGAGCGGAAGAGGCGGAACGACCUUCGCUCUCGCUUUUUGGCCCUGCGGGACGUGAUCCCGGGCCUGGUGGAGUCGGCCAAGACCCCCAAGGUGGCCAUCCUGACCCAGGCGACAGAGUACCUUCUCCAGCUGCACAGCAGAGAGAAGCACCAGGCUCAGGAGAGGAAACGCCUCAAAGCCCGCCAGCAGCAGCUCCUCCGGAGGCUAGCCGAUCUGAAACGCUCCUGAGGAUAGAAACUAACUAUGCAACAGACUCUUAACAAAUAAACGGCCUCAUUCUCAGAAGCCAAUGACUAUUCUCUGCCGCUUUCAAAAAGCUAGGACUUUUUAUCAAACUAAAUUCCUCAUGCAAGAAAACUGUGAACUUCUCUGAAAAUAUAUUCCUAAUUCAUUAUGCUAUGGACUUCUUUUAAAACUAAGUGGAUCUCUCAGAGCCUGUGAACCCAUGGUGGGGAGGCUGGCGGUAAGGACCUUUUUGUGUUUAUUUAUGUUUUCUCUCUGCACAUUGAGUGAUGACAAGGUGGUGGUGGACUAGAUGAGACAGAAACAUGUUGUGUUGUUGGUUCCUGGUGAUAUUGGAAGAUUAUGCUGUAAUUAAACCAGAAUGAAACUUACUUCCAAAUGUCAUGUCUCUUCUUGUUUGUCAGUUCAGUUCCUUGAUAGCCUUGUCUGUUUAUUUCUGUGAUUAAUAGUUCAUGCACACUUGGAUUUAAGUUUAUUGGUGAAACACCGUAAUGUGUACACAGGGAGUGACAAAUGUUUUUGUUUUCUUAAUGACUGAUUUAUUUUGAUGUACAAAUUGUUCUGUAAAUAAUAGCAUAUUGCUCUCAGUUCAGGAGACAUGAAUAUUGCUCUUCUCUGAAACUGGCUUUAGAGCUUCUAUUUUGUUAAAAUGACAAAGUAGAACUGCUGUACUUUAUAAUUACACAUGUCACUUUGAGAUGCUAUUUUCACUGCUUGUUCUUCUUGGGUUGAGUUUGACUUGUGUAUACAUGACCAGAUCCAUAAAAUGUUGAUACCAUAUUCCAAGAAUUGUGAUUUUGUUCUUUUGAUGGUUCUUUCAGAUUAUAUGGCAGCAUAGUUACACUGCUUAAAUUCGCUAGCAUUUAUUUUCUUAAAAGCAAUCUAAUGUAAAAUCUGUAACUAAAAGUAUUUAUAUUUUUAAACACAAGACUGAGCGUUAAAGAGAAUCAGCAUGACACAGUGACUAAUGAAUGCAAAAAGAUUUUACAAAAGGGUUGUUGUAUUGACUUUGAAGGUAGUAUUUGUUUUACUUUGUCCCAUGCUUAACUGUCAUGAUCUUGCCAGAUUGAAGCAUGCAGAAGCUUGGUCUAGAUUUAGAGGGAGUGUGUCAUUGAUGUGUCCUUGAAAUGUGUGAUACCUCGGAGGAUCCUCUCCUCUGCAGUUGCUGCUGCAUGCAGGGCAACUGAUGUGCUCUCAACUAGGUUACACACACAAACGGUAUCUUUAGAACAGUCCCUGGGGUAUGGAGAGAGGGUCUGUGUGUGAGCUGCUACUCUGGGCUGGUUCAGUCAUCCUAUUAUAAGCAGUCAUGUAGUGACUGAGAACCCUUGCUCUCUCUUCCCCUGCAUGCAUGGUAGAGAGUGGUUUGAACAUUGACUGUAAAAGGGAGAGGUGCUGUGACUGGUCAAGUGGAGAAGCUGGUGUAAGAAUGGAGCUCUCCCUGAUUUCAUAGUUUCCGAUCAGUCAACAUUUCUACACUUCUCUUAGGCAGGUAGUCUGAGGGAGAAUUUGCGGUUGAUCUGUACGUUUAAAGGCUCAGUGCAGUCAAAAACUAGAUUUUCCUGUGUUGUGUGUAUAUACACUGAGUGUACAAAACAUUAGG